UUACACACACAACUCACAAGUGACACAGAGUCGGGAUGGUCGUGUUCAGUACUUCUCCGAUGAUCAAAUUUCGCCGGUAACGGAGGUCACAGGUCGCCGUGGUUCCAUAUUUACUGUCUACUUUUGCAACCAAAAGCUUCGGUCUCCGAGUUCUUUCCUCAAAUGGCCACUGUCGUUUCUAGAAGUAGGUGGCACACAAUUAACAGCUUCAAACGGCAUACUGCUUUGGAAGUGCAUAACCCUGAAGGCGGAGAAGAUGAGAUCAGUAAUUUACCUGAUUCCAUUCUUCUUCACAUUCUUUCAUAUCUUCCUACCAGAGAUGUUGUGGGCACAUGUAUACUUUCAACAAGGUGGAAGAAUCUUUGGACUUGUGUUGAAAACAUUGACUUUGAUGACUCAUUUCUCUACUCAAGUAGGGUUUUUGGUUAUCCGAUGAAGGUCACUAGUUUCAUGCACCUUGUUCACAGAUUUCUUCAACUUCGAGAAAAAUCAGUUAUAAAAAAGUUUCGCCUUUCCUGCCGUGUUUGCUUCAGUGCCUCUCAUGUAUGUUCAUGGCUUUCAACUGUUAUUAGGCAUAAUGUUGAAGAUCUUGAUCUCUGUCUUUUUGUAGAAGAACCUUUUAUGUUGCCUCAAUGUGUUUCCAGUUGCAAGACACUUACUUCUCUAAAACUUGAAAUGAAUUGUGUUCUGGAACUACCUACUAGUACUUAUUUUCCUUUCCUCAAAAUCUUGCACCUAUGUCUUGUCACAUUUCGAGAUGAUAGCUCAACCCAGAGGCUGUUAUCUAGCUGCCCUAUGCUUCAGGAGUUGGCUAUAUUAGAUUGUGAAUGGAUGAACUUGAAGCAAGUUGCAAUUUCAAUCUCUUCAUUAAAGAGUUUGAUAAUCGAUGAUUUGCCUUUCUUUGGCUCCACUGAUGAUCUAAAUGGCUGCAAAAUCAAGAUUGAUGCAGAAAAUCUUACUUUCUUUAAGUAUAGUGGUUAUCUCUCAAAUGAGAUAUGUUUGUAUAAUAUAUCUCCCUCAGCCAAUGCAUCAAUUCACAUCCCGAUUCUGUAUGAGAAGAGAAAUCAAAUUGCUUUUCGUGCUGUUGAGCUCUUUAGAGGGCUACACAAGAUUAGUGCUGCGAGAAUAUCUAGCAGGGCUAUUGAGUCUCUCUUCAUCGCAGAUAUAGAGAAAGAUCGACUUCCAGUAUUUUAUAGCUUGACACAUUUGGAGUUGAGUAUGGAACUUGAAAAUCAUUCCAUUGGACCAUUGAAGGAACUGCUCCAAUGUCUGCCAAAGUUGCAAUCACUUCAUUUUUCUGAGGGACUUGACCCCUGCAUACACCUUUGUGAAGAUGACUGGAGCUCGAGAUCUGUACCACCCUGUUUCUUGUCUAGUCUCAAGACGGUGAAAUACAGCAAUUUUCAUGGUAAUGAUACAGAGAUUUCUUUUUUAAGAAAUUUGCUGGAAAUUGCAUUAGUUUUGGAGAAGCUGAACAUAGUUUGUUCAAAGAGACCUUUUGGGGAUCUAAAGAAGCAAAAGGAAGUUGAAGAUCAACUGCGGAGUCGGCAUGGAGGAUCAGUGUCUUGUGCUAUCAAGUUUAUGUAAAACCUAAAAGAGCUUUUACAUUCUCCAACAAGCAGAUAUUUUGCAAGCAUUAGCUAUGGAUCCCGGCGCUACAAUUUUUGGUUCCUUUUACAAUUGCGACACCAUGCUUCAGUACACUUCUUGUACUUCAUGGAUCUGUUAAUUUUGGUAAUGACUUCUCCAGAUUCAUGUAGAUCAGUUGGAACUUCUUUUUGCAUUUAGGUCACAAGUCUUUCUGAAGUAGUGGAAUCUGACUGUAGUGAAACAGGUAAACAGCUAAACUUAGCAAAUGGACCCUUUGCCCCUUUUUGUCAGUUAUUUUGUGGGGGGUAGGCAUAGAUGCUUGGUACAUGAUUUUGUGAUUGUUUUUAAUUCAAAAGGAAUCAAGCAGUGUAAAUCUACUAUAUGUGAUGGCUGACUCAGUCAUAUGAAACAACAAGGAUAGGUAAAAAAUAUUUUAUAACAAAGUUUGGGUUUUUUUGGGAAAGAAAGUUACAUAUGCAUUGAUCAAGUUCCAAUGUCUGUUAUUUCGUGUGUUACACAAUGCUUAUUUCUGUAAAGUAAAGAGACUGUUUCCGAUAGAUUAGAAGCAUAGAGAAAUGGAAAAAGAAUAAUUGCUCUAAAAAGCAUUUCUUUUCCAUCUUCACUUG